ACGGAGAAUGAAAUGAACACAUAUUUAGAAAUGAAAUGCAGGACUUGAAAGAAAAUAUUUAUGAGGUUAUAUAUUAAAGAGAAAGUCUAACACUGACAUAACUUGCUUUCUGUUCAGAACACACUAGGUGAGAUUAAAAAAAGGAACCAAAUUUUCAGUAAUAUUCUAGCAGGCUAAUAAACAAAAAAAUAUGCAUCAGUGGAAUUUGGAGUUUAAUUCCAAAACCUGACAAAGAUAGUAGGAGAAAGGAUAUGUAAUAGGCCAAUCUCAUUUAUGAAUAUAUGUGUAAAAUCCUACAAAAAUUAAUAAAAAGCAACUUAAGCCAGAAGUAUUUCAUACAGGAUCAUACACUAUGACUAAAUUGGGUUAUCCGAGGAAUGCAAAAGUAGUAAAUAUAAGAAACCCGUUGGAUGCCACACACCACCACUGACAGAACCAUGGGAUAAUCUAAAAAGAUGGAAAAGCAGUUCAUUUAACACACUUUCAUUUAAGCAAACUAAGUUCUUGGAAAACUAGGGUUAAAAGAGGACUUCUUUAACUUGAUAAAGGAUAUGCAGCAAGAACCUAUACCAAAAAUAAUUAUUAAUGGUGAAACAACAGGACUAUUUCCUUUAGAGUGAGGAAAAUGGUAGGGAUGCCACAUUAUCAUGACUACUAUUCAAAAUGGUCCUAGGCAGUACAGUAAGAAAGAAAAUAAAAGCUAUGAAUAUUAAAAAUGAAGAAACAAAGGAGUUAGAAUUUGCAUAUUACUGUCUAUAUAGAAAACCCAAAGGAUAUGCAGACAAACUAGAAUGUAUAACAGAGUUUUAAAAGCAGCUGAAUAUAAGCUAGUAGACAAAAAUCAACUGUAACACUGCACCAGCCAUAAAGAUUUAGAAAACAUUUUUUUUUUUAAAUAGAGAUUUAAAAAUAGCUACCAAAAGUUGGGGAUGUGUGGGUGUACCUAUAAAUAAAUCAUCUUUAAAAAGAUUGUAUAUAACCUUUAUGAAGAAAAUUUUAAAUCUACUAAAACACUUUAGAGUUAUGUAAUAAAGAGAUAUAUGACAUCCCUAGGGGGAAAAUAAGGUAUUGUAAAGAUUUUUUUAUAAUGCACUAAUAAUUUAGACAAUACUAUGGGAUUAGCACAGGAAAUUGGACAAUGACACAGAUAUCCAUGCUUACAUGAAAACUUGGUAUGACAGAAGUGACACUGCAAAUCACUGGAGAAAGUAUGGUUAUUUAAUAAACGAUGCUAGGAUAACUCUCCACUUGUGGGGGGAAGUGAAACUGAAUACUUAUUUCAGUCCAUAACCCCAAAUCAAUUAUGAAUAAAUGAAUGGCCAAUGAAACAGGGUCCAACCUCAUUAAUAAUCAGGAAUAUAUAAGUUAAAGUGAGAUAACCACUUUGAACCACCAGAUAAAUAAAAACUAAGAACUAUGACAAAGUGCUGGUGAGGGUAUGAAGUGAAGCAGCAGGACGCUGGUAGGUGUGUAGAUAUGCACAAUCAGUUUAGAAAAGAGUUUGAUAUUUCCUAAUAAAAUUUUAAAUGUAUAUAUGUAAACUAGCAACUCUAAUACUGGACAAAUUUCUCGUACACUAAGAGGCUUAAAAAAUGUUAACAGCAGCACUGUUUACUUGGUUAUUCAUAAACAAGAAUAAAAAUGAAGAGAAGUUACACAUAAAAAUAGGAAUGAAUCUUAAGAAUAUUUCUAGUAAAAUAAGCAAUUUUUAAAACACAUAAAUGGGCAAAACUAAAUAAUAUACUCUUUAGCAGUAACACAUAUGUGGUUAAAACUAGUUUUAAAAAUCAAAUCAAGGCUGAGAACUGAGCUGUCGCGGCCGCAGCGGCCGCUGCGUGCGGACCAUGGAGCACCCCAUCAUGGGCCCUGGGCCAUACCGGGCCACCAAGCUGUGGAAUGAAACAGUUGAGCUUUUUCGUGCUAGGAUUCCAUUGCGGAAACAUCGCUGUCAUCUCAAAAGUUAUGAACAUUACUUCACGGUGGCUGAAGCUGUGGAUUGGCUACACGAGCUGCUGAGUUGCAGUCAAAACUUUGGCCCUGAAGUGACCCGCAAACAAACGGUCCAGCUUCUUAAAAAAUUUCUGAAGAAUCAUGUUAUUGAAGACAUCAAGGGAAAAUGGGGUCAGGAAGAUUUUGAAGACAAUGGUCACUUGUACAGAUUUCCUCCUUCUUCACCCUUGAAACCAUAUCCAAAGAGACCCCCAAAUCCAAAAGAAGUUAUUAAAUUUCCAGAAUGGGAUGACCCCCCACGAGGCACUUCACAGGAGAACAUCCCAGUGAGGCCCACUGUGCUGAAUUCUGAGAUGUGGUUCAAGUGUCACAGUAUUGCUAUUGGAGAGGUGCCAGCUUGUCGUCUUGUCUCCCGCAGGCAGCUGACAGAGGCCAACGAAGAAGAGAUAUGGAAGUCUAUGACAUUAUCAUACUUACAGAAGAGCCUUGGACUAGAUUCUUUAGAAGAAGUUUUAGAUGUUAAACUUGUCAACUCCAAGUUCAUCAUCCAUAAUGUAUAUAGUGUGAGCAAACAGGGAGUUGUCAUCCUUGAUGACAAGUCAAAAGAACUUCCUCAUUGGGUACUGUCAGCAAUGAAGAGUUUGGCAAAUUGGCCUAAUUGUUCAGAUUUAAAGCAACCUAUGUACUUAGGAUUUGAAAAAGAUGUCUUCAAAACUAUAGCAGAUUACUAUGGUCACUUGAAAGAGGCUCUGCUUACAUUUCAUCUUUUUGAUGCCUUUGUCAGUGUAUUAGGUUUGUUACAGAAAGAGGAAAUGGCCAUUGAAGCAUUUCAGAUUUGCUAUCUCCUCCUGCCUCCUGAAAAUAGGAGACAGUUACAGCUGUUGAUGAGGAUGAUGGCAAGGGUCUGUUUGAAUCAGGAGAUGCCACCACUCUGUGAUGGCUUUGGUGCCCGAACACUGAUGGUUCAGACAUUUUCUCGUAGCAUCUUGUGUUCCAAGGAUGAAGUGGACUUGGAUGAGUUAUUAGCUGCUAGGUUGGUGACAUUUCUGAUGGACAAUUACCAAGAGAUUCUGAAAGUCCCUUUGGCCUUGCAGACCUCCAUAGAGGAGCGUGUGGCUCAUCUACGAAGAGUCCAGAUUAAAUACCCAGGAGCCGACAUGGAUAUCACUUUACCUGCUCCAUCAUUUUGCCGUCAAAUCAGCCCAGAGGAAUUUGAAUAUCAGAGAGCAUAUGGCUCUCAAGAGCUGCUAGCAGCAUUGCUGGAGGAAGUCAUCACAGAUGCCAAACUCUCCAACAAAGAGAAGAAGAAAAAAUUGAAGCAGUUUCAAAAAUCCUAUCCUGAAGUGUACCAAGAACGAUUUCCUACACCAGAAAGUGAAGCACUUCUGUUUCCUGAAAAACCAAAACCAAAACCACAGCUGCUAAUGUGGGCACUAAAAAACCCUUUCCAGCCAUUUCACAGAACUAGAAGUUUUCGGAUGUAAUGCUUCCAUAGCCAUUAGAGAGCUCUGUUAUUUUUAGUAAGUGGGUUGUUAGAGAGUAUAGAAAAAAGAAGAGCAGAAAAUACAGACUACUGAAAUAUAAGAUGAUCUGACUUCAAAAAAUGUUGAGCCAUUAUCAGUAUUUUUUCUAAACCUCAAAGCUAUUUUUAAAGUGUAAAAGUCAAAUAAAAAUUAUGACACAAAUAUAUAAUGGUAAUGUUAACAUGUUUGUAAUUGCUAGAAAAUUUAAGAGUAUUUUUAUUUGUUGUUUUUCAUGGUGUUUAUGAAAUAGCUAUGUGUGCAUCCUAGUUACUGAUGUCUUUAUUAAAACCAAGUCUUAAAAAUAGUGUGUAUCUAUUUGAAUAUGAAAGACACUGGGUACUGUUACUGUGAUGCUAUUGACUUAAUAGCCAAUUGUGAUAUCGCCUGUGUAAAUUCUGUUUUUCAUUGUUGCACAAAGAUUCUUAAAUGUCCUAUGUUAUGAUGGCUGUAUCUUUUAUUGCAGAUUUGUUGGAUAUUAGGACAGAUUUUACUAAAGCUGGUUCUUUUAUGACAUAUAUAUUAGUUGGUGUUUACCUAUAAGUAGAGUAUAUUUUCAUCUGCCAGGAGUGGUAUAAUUUCAGCCUGGCUAGAGGUGGAAAAUUGAAAGGGAUAAAUUCUUUCUGUCCUUUUAUAUAUGUGAUUCUAAGUCAAAUCUUUAUUGUUCCAUGAAAAACACAAAUGGGUUAAGUAAAAUGAGACUACUUCCUUUCUAAAUAUAUUUCCUCCAGCCUCCUCAUCCUUUUGAAAGUAAAUGGAAUGUAAAUAAACACUGCUAUUUAAAAUAUUGUAAAAAAAAAAAAAGAAAAUCAAAUCAAGGAUAAAGAAAAAUUCAGGAUAGUGGUAACCACUGGGGGAUGUGACAAUGGAAGGGGAUAUAUGUGGUUUCAUGAUUUAAAAAAUUGCAAUGUUCUAGUUCAUAUUUUCAAGUGGUGACUUCACAAGUGAUCAUUUUAUUAGUAUACUUCAUAAUUUAUAUCUAUAUUUUUCUGUAUCAAAUAUAAAAAAUAUAGCUUGCCUAGGAAUAUAUAAUUAAUUACACACUGUACAUUUCUGAACAGCAUAACUGAGCACAAAAUGUUGAAAAAUAUGAAUGAAAAGGGAAAAAUGCAUAGAGAUGUGAAUAAGAGAGCUCGAGAAAAGGUCUAACUCAAAAGGGAAAGGAGGGAAACAUUAAUACAAGGGUUCACAAUAAUUAUUUCUUUCAGCUCUUAAAUGAAAACUCCUAUGAUCCACAAGAGAAAUAAAAUACUACUGAAGUAUGCACAGUCUACAAGUUGUUAGUUUUACACUUCUUUUUCAUUCUUUUCAUAAUUCAAUGAUUAGCACCAUCCCCUAUAUAACAGUCUUGUUUACAGGACGCUUAUUUAAUGGGGGAGAUUAUUAUCUUUAGUAAUUGAAAAAUGUAGAAGUCAAUAUAAUUUACAGGUAGUCAUAAAUGUAUUUUAUUGUAUUUUGAUUUGUACUUUACUUACAUUACUAAUUAUGACUUAUUUAGAAUAACUUUAAAGAUAAUUUGUAUUAUCAAAAUAUAAAUACAUACUAAUUAAUGUCUAAAAAACAAAUUAAACACCGGAGAAAAGAAAACCAGGCUUGAAUUAGAAACUAGUCAUUUAUUGAAUAUAAAGAUUCAUAAAGCUCUGAGAGCCCAACACUGAACUAAGAGUUUGUGGUUACUAAAGAAGAUAAUAGCUUCUUACCUUUAGCCUUAAAGGGUUUAAAAUUUAGUUGAUUUAAAAGUAAUACAUUAAUAAGACAAAGCUACCUAGAACUUAGCAGACACUGACUGAUAAG